AUGCCGCCCGCGACGGCGGCCCCCUCGGUCUCCCUCCGGGAGCUGGCCGACCUCGCUAUCGGCACCCCGGAGGUGGGCGCUGUCAAUUUCACGGCCCUGCACACGCUCCUCGUGGCCAUGCUCAAGAGCCUCAACCUGCAGGAUACGCGGAUCGACUUCCAGACUCCCAUGCUCGACCAGAGCCGCUCCUUUGAGUCCCCGCGGGUGUCGACCAGCACCCCGCAGCUGCUGGCGCCCAAAGAGAGGCGAAGGAGCAGCGUGGCCAGAGCGCAGACCCUGGAGACCCAGGUGAAGGACCUGGGCGGCCAGGUCCAGGACCUCGGCCGGCAGCUCAAGACCAUGGGGAGCCAGGUGCAGGCCAUCGUGGCGCACGUGCAGCACUUCCCCACCCAGACUGAUGGGCUGGACGACCGCGACUGGCUGGAAACGAAGGAUUUGGCCCUGGUAACGCAGGAGAAGGGGCAGACAGGGCAGACGAAAGGCAGGAGUGACAGCAAGCCGGUCUUCCAGGGCCCCGAGCUGCUCCAGGACCUCAUGAAAGACAUGAAGAUUUUGAAGGAAGCCCAUCAAAAGAAGGUGCAGCCUGAGGUGCAGCCUGAGCAACUCCUUCAACGGAUUGAAGAACUGGAGAGGAUAAACAGAGAAAGGGACGAAUUCCUGGAAUUAUUAAACCGGAAGCUGAGUAGGAUGCCGUCUUCAGAAGAGGCCACCAUGGUCACCUGGGAAGAGCUGGAGCAGGCGAUUACUGAUGGCUGGAAGACCUCAGAGUCAUCAACAGGACUUCAGCGGCGCAAAAGACAGAGUUCCAUAACAUCAAGUGACCUAAUUGCAAGUGGAGUCUCCACAAAGCAUCCAAGUGAUGACCAGGCUGUGGACUCUGCUGGUUUUAUCACAGACAACACCUUUUCAGGAACCAGUGGCAUAGGAUACCCCUUCGAUGGGCCUCCUGGCAGGGAACGGAGCAGAGUUUCCUCUGCCACUGGGUUUCCGGCUAGAGAACAGCACUUAAGGGCCCGUGAUGAAGCUGGCCUGGCCAGACCCCAUCCGCCAUCUAUGUCCCAGUUGAGGGCAGAGCCAGAUCGCCGCCGGUCUAGAGAGAAGCACAGCUCAGGGUAUCUACGCAGAGAUGAACGGGAUGCCCACCUUGGCCCAGUGUAUCAGGAUGUGUCCUUGCCCAGAGAUCAACACCCUCAGAUGUCCCCAGAUCAGCACAGGGGAGUGUUUGCUAGCCAAGGCCACCUCUAUGCAAGGCCAGAUCAAUAUGGAUUCGGAUCGUUUGAUUCAGAUCAGCUUGAAUUGCUGUAUCCCAGCACUUAUGUGCCUGGCAUGGUUCCCAUCAGUGUGGAUCAGGUUGGAGUGAUGCUGCCUGGAAUGGAUGAGCAGGAAUUGGUACUAGCUGGCAUGGCUCAGAGUGAUGCGGUGCCACCAUUGGUACAUGGCAGAGAUCAGCCAGGAUCAGAACAGCCUGGUACAGUUCCGCUUAGCACAUAUCAACUUCCUGGAAUGGAUGAGAGUGGUAUGGGACCACUUGGCACAUAUCAGUCUGGGGUGGUACCUCUUGGUGUAGAUCAGCAUGGAUUUGUAAUAUAUCCCAUGGAUCAGCAAGUUUUUGUACAGCCCAGUUUGGGAACAUCUGGCUUCAUACAACCUGGCACAGAGCAGCAUGAAAUGAUCCAGCCCAGUGCAGGCCAGGCUGGUGUGGUCCAGCCCGGUGCGGGCCAGGCUGGUGUGGUGCAGCCCGGUGCGGGCCAGGCUGGUGUGGUGCAGCUCGGUGCGGGCCAGGCUGGUGUGGUGCAGCUCGGUGCGGGCCAGGCUGCUGUGGUGCACACCGGUGCGGGCCAGGCUGGUGUGGUGCAGCCCGGUGCGGGCCAGGCUGGUGUGGUGCAGCCCGGUGCGGGCCAGGCUGCUGUGGUGCAGCCCGGUGCGGGCCAGGCUGGUGUGGUGCAGCCCGGUGCGGGCCAGGCUGGUGUGGUGCACACCGGUGCGGGCCAGGCUGCUGUGGUGCACACCGGUGCGGGCCAGGCUGGUGUGGUGCAGCCCGGUGCGGGCCAGGCUGGUGUGGUGCACACCGGUGCGGGCCAGGCUGGUGUGGUGCAGCCCGGUCCGGGCCAGGCUGGUGUGGUGCACACCGGUGCGGGCCAGGCUGGUGUGGUGCAGCCCGGUGCGCGCCAGGCUGGUGUGGUGCAGCCCGGUGCGGGCCAGGCUGGUGUGGUGCACACCGGUGCGGGCCAGGCUGGUGUGGUGCAGCCCGGUGCGGGCCAGGCUGGUGUGGUGCAGCCCGGUGCGGGCCAGGCUGGUGUAAUGCAGCCUAGAAUGUAUCCACGAGGUUUGGUGCAACCUGGGAUGUAUCCGCGAGGUUUGGUGCAACCUGAAAUUUAUCCACGAGGUUUGGUCCAACCUGGUAUAGAUCAGCCUGGUUUCAUGCAGCCUAGAAUGUAUCCACGAGGUUUGGUGCCACCUAGAAUGUAUCAUCGAGGUUUGGUGCAGCCUGGUGCGGGUCACCCUGGUCUGGUGCAAUCUGGUGCAGGUCAAACGGGUGUGAUCCAACCCGGUGCAGGCCAGCCUGGUGUGGUGCAGCCCGGUGCAGGUCAGGCUGGUGUGGCGCAGCCCAGUGCAGGCCACGCUGGUGUGGCGCAGCCCAGUGCAGGCCAGGCUGGUGUGGCGCAGCCCGGUGCAGGCCAGGCUGGUGUGGUGCAGCCUGGUGAAAGUCAGGCUGGUGUGAUCCAACCCAGUGCAGGCCAGGUUGGUGUGAUCCAGCCCGGUGCAGGUCAGCCUGGGUUGGUGCAACCUCAAGUGGAUCAGUAUGGUUUAGUACAGCCUGAUAGAGGUCGACAUGGCUUUUUUCAACCUAAUAUAUCUAUGCCUGGCUUGGUCCCACCUGGGGCAUAUCCUCCUGGUCUGGUCCAGACUGGUGCCUAUCCAGGUGGUUUGAUCCAACCUGGGGCCUAUCCACGUGGCUUCAUGCAGCCUGGUGCCGAUCAGCAGGGUUUGGUUCAGCCUGUAAUAGAUCCACAUUGGGGGAGGCAAUCUGGCACAGGUCGAAGCAUAAUACCACCAGGCACAGAGCUUCUCGGGUUUCCAACAUACCGUGCCGAUUUUCGAAGUUUUACAUCACCACGCCCAUACCAGCAAGGUGUGGCACCUCCUGGCAGGGAUCAGUAUGGUCAGGUGUCAUCACUCCUAUCCAGUCAAGGUCUGACACCAUCAGGUACAGACCGAGAAGCCUUGGUACUACAAGAAAUGUAUCGACAAGGUUUGCAGCAGCGUGGCCCAACACCAUUAAGCACAGCUGUAGGAUCUGCACCCCAGGAUCAACAGCAUUUGGAAACACCUGAACCAGAGCAGCGUGACCAGGCUGUUCCCAACUCUAUCCCAGACUCCCAGGGCCUAAUGUAUGGUGGCCCAGGGUAUCAAGGUGUAGAUCAGCACGUCCAGGUAGGUGUGGGUCCAAAAGAACUAUAUGUUUUAAGCCAACCUGGAGUUUCUAUUCAGACUUCCCCAGGCCAAGAGGCCCCCGUUCCCAGGAGCACACACUCCCUUGACUAUCUGGACCGAGGCUCAUCCGAAAGGAGCGAUACUCAGAGUGAGAGACGUGAGUCACUGGAUAAACUGGCUCCCAGCUUCCCCAUAGCCAUGGAAACAUUUCGUAUGAUGGGGGAGAUUAUCGCCCUCUACGUGGAGCUUAAGGAGAACAUAAAGGACCUGAAUGAGGAACAGGCUGGCCUAACGGACUUGGAGAAGAUCCAGUACCUGCUGGCACUGAUGGUCAAGAAGUCCAUACCCCCUGACCUGCAGGAACAGCUGAAGACCUUAAAGGCCUUGACCAAAGAAAUUCAACAAGAAAAAGCAAAAAUGGAGAAGAUGAGCAAGAUCCUGGAGGGUCAUGGGGAGAAAGAAAUAGGAAAGGAGGAGAAAGGUAGCCCUCUGAACCUGCAGCUGGGUAUCCUCAGAGUCACCAUGGCUGACAUCGAGAAGGAGCUGGGCGAGCUGAGGGAGAGCCAGGAGAAGGGCAAGGUCAGCAUGGAACAUUCGGUCUCCGAAGCCUCCGUUUACCUGCAGGAUCAGUUAGACAAGCUCAGGACGAUCAUUGAGAACAUGCUGGCCUCGUCCUCCACGCUGCUGUCCAUGAGCUUGAACAUGGCCCCGCACAAGCCCCUGACCACCCUGGCCCCCAGCCAGAUCGACCCUGCGGCCACGUGCCCGGCCUGCAGCCUGGACCUGAGCCACCAGGUCAGCAUGCUGGUGCAGCGCUACGAGCAGCUGCAGAACAUGGUCAGCAACCUGGCUGCCUCCCGGCCCUCCAAGAAGGCCAAGCUGCAGAGCCAGGAUGAAGAGCUGCUGGGCCACAUCCAGAGCGCCAUCCUGCAAGUGCAGGGCGACUGCGAGAAACUCAGCAUCACCACCAGCAACCUCAUUGAAGACCAUCGGCAGAAGCAGAAGGACAUUGAUGUGUUGUACCAGGGUCUGGAGAAGCUGGAGAAGGAGAAGGCCAACAGGGGACACCUGGAGAUGGAAAUCGGCGUGAAAGCCGACAAGAGUGCCCUGGCGGCCAAAGUGAGCCGCGUCCAGUUUGAUGCCACCACGGAGCAGCUGAACCGCAUGAUGCAGGAGCUGGUGGCCAAGAUGACGGGGCAGGAGCAGGACUGGCAGAAGAUGCUGGACAAGCUCCUGGUGGAGAUGGACAGCAAGCUGGACCGCCUGGAGUUGGAGCCGGUGAAGCAGUCAUUGGAGGAUCGGUGGAAAUCCUUGCGACAGCAGCUCAAAGAGCGCUCUCCACUCUACCAGGCGGACGAGGCAGCCGCCAUGCGGAGGCAGCUCUUGGCACACUUCCACUGCCUCUCAUGUGACCGUCCCCUGGAGACACCUGUGACUGGACAAGUCAUCCCCAUGACUCCUGUGGGCCCCUGCCUGCCCGGGCACCGCUCUGUCCGCCCCUACACGGUCUUUGAACUGGAGCAGGUUCGGCAGCAGAGCCGCAACCUGAAGCUGGGCAGCAGUGGCUUCCUGCGGGGGGACCUGGGGCAGGUGGACCAGAGCGUGGGGCGCCUGCGCACCAUGCACUCCAAGAUGCUCCUGGACAUCGAGAAGGUGCAAAUCCACUUCGGGGGCUCCAUCAAGGCCAGCAGCCAGAUGAUCCGCGAGCUGCUGCAGGCCCAGUGCCCCAGCUCCCCCUGCUACAAACGGCUGCCAGACAUGGCUGAUUACAGCUACUCCUCCGCUCCCCGGCCCUGUGGGGGCAGCCACACCCUCACCUACCCCUACCGGCGCAUCCGCCUGCAGCACCUUUCGCAGGGACUGUACCCCACCGAGGAGAUCCAGAUCGCCAUGAAGCACGAUGAGGUGGACAUCUUGGGCCUGGACGGACAUAUUUACAAGGGACGGAUGGACACAAGGCUACCGGACCUCCUGAACAAAGACAACGCAGGGAUGAAGCAUAAGACCAAGCAGUCCCGGGCACACGGGCAUCGGCAGCAGUCCCUCAGCAACAGCGGCCAGCUGCCCUCGCGGCCUCAGAGCGCCCAGACGCUGGCUGCCAAAGACUCAGCUCCUUCCCGUCAUCAGAAAGACAGACCUGUCUCCACCGAGGGCCGCCUUUCCCAGCUGAACCCAGCCCACCUACCCGGCGAGACAGCAAACCUGCCAGUGGGGCUGGACGUGCACAGGGAUGCACCUCCUGGGGAGGGGCUCGAGGAGCCCACCCGGGGGCCACGGUCCACCUCUGCUCACUGA